AUGGAUCCCUGGAAUAGCAGCGUGACCCCGACGAUAAUAGGAGCUGCACCACCGCUUUUUAAUUACUCGGAUCCGCUCUUGUCCCGUCUUUUGGACACCAAAAAAGCCCUCUUUGACCAGGCCUCACAGGACAAAGAACAAACAACGGAGGAGAGUGAUCAGCCCACAACGUCCCCUGAACUUCAAUUCUUUUCUGCGGUUUGUGAAGGCGACGUGAUUACUGUUGAAGCUGUGGCUAAAGCGCACCCCGAGGUUGUUCUGCAAACAUACCCCCAAGAAGAGGGCGUGACUCCUUUGAUCUUCGCCGUUGCGUUUGACCAUCAAGAGAUUGCCGAGUCACUUUUGUCAACACACAAUGUCGAUGCAGAUACUCCAGAUGACACGCCAAUUGGAUACUCACCACUCAUGUGGGCUGUCCAUUUGCGCAACUUGCCGAUGGUAAAACUCCUAUUGGACUACCAGGCUGAUCCGCAACUUCUGCCCAAAAACGACGGCAAAGAUGCCGUUGCUUUGGUAACUACCGACGACUUGCCAAUGUAUGAGUUUUUCCGGGGCCAUAAUCUUUUGAAUCGAAGCCUGAAUAGAACCAGCGACAUAUAUGAACCAGACUCCUUCCAGCAUGACACCAGCGACAUGGACUCAUUAACACAUCAGAUUAGAAUGCAGACCGCAGGGCUUGCGCUUGAUUUGGAUGAAGAUGAUGAUAAUGUGCGUGAAAAGGAAUUGGACGAGGAGGCUGAAUUGUCUUUGGACACGGAAUUAGUCCAAACACUUGAGUACGACUACGAUAAACUUCUACCAGAGCAGUUUAUCAAGUUUUCAGACUCUGAUAUCCCAUCUUUGCUUGACUACAUUUUCAAUUUGCGCAAGGAUAAUACCUCAUUUCAGCAUUCCACGAAGGUGCCAGCUGCCAUUGUAUUUCAACUCGUCAGAUACUCCCACAACAAGGUCCAUAGCAAGGAUUUGACGGAAUUUCUUUUUGAGUGUUUUAUUGCAAGAUUGAGGUCCGUCACCAACACAAAAUCUGGUGUCUUCAAUAUGGCAAUCGCAGAGGGAGACAAAGCAGCUGCUCUUGGUGCCGGCGACAUUGUCCUAUUGAGUUACUGGCUUUCUUCAAUUCAAUUUUUGCAUUUCUACUUUGCUAAGGCGAACAUAUACCACGACUAUCCUGCGUUCCUUCAGGAGUUUGUCAACAUCACACAGUCCUUGGUGGCCACCCUCUCCUUCUCGAUCAAUUCGAGACUCAACUUACUUGUCGAUGACUGCUUGCUCAAGUUCACAAACUUGGUUGAUGUUUCAUCUGUCUUGUAUGCCAAGGACUGGAACUUCUUCAAAAACAAGCCGAACAUGAAGGACCAGCCUAGUACCUACGACGACAUUUUAGAAAUGCUUUAUCCUCCAACUAUGAAGGAGCUUAUGAAGCCGUCGCCACUCAGAUAUGUCCAAGUGCUUGGUGCUCUUGACUAUGUUCUCAAAUUGCAUGAGGUGGAUCCUUUAUUGAGGCUUCAAACUUACUCCCAGGUUUUCUAUUACAUCAAUGCCACCAUAUUUAAUCGUCUUGUGGCCAACUCCAAGUACUGUUCUCGUGCAAAAGCCAUACAGAUUCGUCUUAAUAUCUCCACCUUGGAAGAUUGGUUGCGUUCACACAACUAUAGCAUCUACAAACCAGAGAAGGCAGGUGGCUUAAUCGAGCUUUUGAAACCAGAGGAGGGUGGUCAUCAAUUAAAAUUGCACAAUUUACUCGAUGAAACCCCUCAAACGGAAGGUGCGUCUGACACAAAGAAUCCUCACUGCCUCGCUUUCUACUACAGAUCGUUGUAUCAUAUUGGUAAAAGUCAAUUGAUGCCCACUAUAGAGUUGUUGCAAUGGUUGCAAUGUAUGUCUGCUCUCAAAGAUGAAGACAGUCUCAUAAACACCAUAAACCAUUUCGACACGCUUAAUUACUACCAAUUGUUCAAGGUCGCCAACAAGCUUUACCGUUAUGAAGUUGAGGAGACUAAGCUUCCGAAACCACUUCUCCAGUAUCUCAAACGCCUCAUGAAUGAACAUGGAGAGAAACAGAUCGAACGCAGUCUCUUGCAUUAUAUGACUCAAAGUACCUUCUUGCUGAAGGAGCUCUACGUUUACCUUAAUCCCAACUUCAUUUUUGGAAUUGCGUUGCCCAACUUAAAUGAGCUCAUCGUAAGAUAUGGUGCUGGUCUCGGAGGUAUCAAGUCCUUGAGGGCUAAGAAAUUCCAACCAACUUUGCCUGUGACAGUGUUGGAUGAUGUCGAUGAAAUUCUCACGAAGAACAGGGAGUCAAAUAUGAAUGACACCUAUGACUACGAUGAGAUUGAUGGCGAUGAUAAUGAAGACGAGGAACCUGUGGAGGAGAGCAACGGCGACGAUAGAACGGAGGAACGCCCUCCUGUGGAUAACUCCCGGUCGUUCAAGGGAGAUGAAUUGUUCAAAACUGUACAAGUUCCUCUGUCCUUGGUACAUCGGAACUGGGGCGAUAACGAUGAAAACCCUUGGUGA